AGUUCUUUUUUAAAAUCAAUAAUGACAUAAAAAAUUGAAAUGAGAGCGAGUACAGUGUCAAUUUCCGUUUUGAUUGUUUGAUAUAGUGGAGGAAAUUGUUUAGUUGAAAAUGAUUUGUUUGCACAAAUAGCAAAUCAUUUCUGUGAUACUCUGAGAUGUUGAGUGCAGUUAUUACAAAUCACCACACGGGGACACUGUAGACCAUGACAUCUUGAAGCGGUUUACGAUUUAAGGGCGCACACGACUCCUCCCAGAAAUUGACGAGGGUGAUUGUGUUUCUCUGGGCUUUGUUACAAAGAGACGCACGGAGAGAGAGAGAGGGAUGAGACUCCCUAUCCGACUGGCUUUUAAUGAGAGUUGUUGACGGGAGUAGAUUGACUGGCAUUCAUGGAUAUUUUUUGUUGGAUAUAAUUAUGCAUUUCUCAAGCAGAAGGAACAUUUUGGGGAUUUACAUUGUCACCGUGCUGCUGAAUUCUUGCUGGGAAGCGGUGUCUGGGCAGCUCUCGUAUUCCAUCUUAGAGGAGGUAAACCCGGGGACGUCUGUUGGAAAUCUCGCCAAGGACCUAAAUCUCAACGUGCAGGAGUUAGAGUCUCGUAUGUUUCAGAUCGUUCAUGGAUCGAAGAAAAAAUAUUUCGACGUGAAUCUAAAAACGGGGUUUCUUUACGUCAAUGAGAGAAUAGACCGCGAGGAGCUUUGUGCGAAGGCUACGAAAUGCACCGUCAACGUAGAAGCCGUGAUCAACAAUCCGCUGAAGCUGUAUCGUUUGGAGAUAAAUGUGCUUGAUAUAAACGAUAAUGCGCCACAUUUCUCGGAGAAUUCUCAGUCACUUAACAUUGCAGAAAGCACUUUGCCAGGACUGAAAUUUGGGCUGAUAGAGGCAUGGGAUUUGGAUGUCGGUAAGAACAGUGUAAACACGUACAAGCUCAGUAAUAAUGAUUAUUUUUCUUUGGAGAUUCACAAAGGAGGGGAUAGCGUGUCUGCGGAGUUAGUGCUGCAGAAAUCUUUAGACCGCGAGCAUGACUCUGUUAUAAAACUCACACUGACUGCUGUAGACGGAGGAAACCCACCGAAGUCAGGAACAUCACAAAUUAUUAUCACCGUUUUGGACAAUAACGACAAUCCCCCCGUUUUCAGCAAACCAUUAUACAAAAUUCAAAUACGUGAAAAUUUUCCACAAGGAUCUAAAGUGAUCGUUCUGAAUGCGACAGACGCAGAUGAGGGUGUAAAUGGUGAAGUAGAAUAUUCUUUGAGGAAAAAAGGUCAGGAUCACGUUCUAGAUUUAUUUCAAAUAGACAGUAACACCGGUGUGAUUUCAGUCAAAGGGAAGAUUGACUAUGAGGAAAAUCCGGCGUUUGAGAUUCAUGCACAAGCCAGCGACAAAGGCCAGCCCCCGAUGUCUGCUCAUUGUAAAGUGCUGGUAGAAGUGCUGGAUCUGAACGACAACGCUCCUGAGAUCACUGUGACGUCAUUAGUUGACACAGUGAAGGAGGAUGCUGAAGUAGGUACUGCUAUUGCACUUGUUUCUGUCCUGGAUAAAGAUGGUGGCAAAAACGGGGCAGUUAAAGCUGUGAUUUCAAACGAUGUCCCCUUUAAACUGGAAACCAAUUAUAAAAAUUAUUACUCUUUGGUAGUUAAUGGUCUUGUUGAUAGAGAAACUCAGGCUCACUACAAUGUUACUAUCAUAGCAACUGAUGAAGGGACUCCACCUCUCUCCAGCACCAACAUAGUUAUGGUUCAUGUGUCUGAUGUUAAUGAUAACCCACCUCGCUUCUCAGAGCCACUGGUUAAUGUUUAUGUGAAAGAGAACAGUCCAGUAGGAGCAAUUAUCAAGACUGUGACUGCAACUGAUGUUGAUAUUAAUCAAAAUGGCCAAGUGAGCUAUUCAUUUUUGAAAAGUAACAUUGACACGUUACCAUUAUCUGCAAUGGUUAACAUCAACUCAGAGACAGGAGAUAUAAUCAGUCUGCAGUCGUUUAACUUCGAGGAGUUGAAAACGUUUCAGUUUAAAGUUCAGGCCACAGACUCUGGUGUUCCUCCGCUCAGCAGCAACGUGACUGUGAACGUUUUUAUCCUGGAUGAGAAUGAUAACAGUCCUACGGUUCUUUCUCCAUAUUCUGAGCACGGCUCCGUUAACAGUGAGAGCAUCCCAUCCUGCAGAAGCGGGAUACUUUGUGCAAAGAUCAGGGCUGUAGACGCAGACUCUGGAUACAACGCGCUGCUUUCAUAUCACCUCUCUGAGCCCAAAGGAAACAACCUCUUCCGGAUCGGAACCAGCACCGAAAUCAGGACUAAGAGGAGAAUGAGUGACAAUGACCUGAAAACUCACCUGGUGGUGCUGGUUUCUGAUAACGGAGAACCCUCCCUGUCAGCUACUGUGUCUAUAGAUGUGGUGGUGGUUGAGAGCACAGCUGACAUCCAGACUCAGUUCAGACAUGUGCCCACAAAGGACGAUGGCUUCUCUGAUUUAAACCUGUAUCUGCUGAUCGGCAUCGUGUCAGUGUCAGUCAUCUUUCUGCUCAGCCUCAUCACCUUAAUAGCUGUCAAAUGCCACAGGACAGACAGCAGUUUCAGCAGGUACAGCGCCCCAAUGAUCACCACCCACCCUGACGGGAGCUGGUCUUACUCUAAAGCUACUCAGCAGUAUGACGUCUGCUUCAGCUCAGACACACUCAAGAGUGACGUAGUGGUUUUCCCAGCAGCGUUUCCACCUGCAGAUGCGGAGCUGAUCAGUAUUAAUGGAGGAGACACUUAUAGCAGGACUCAGACUUUACCAAACAAAGACAAGGUAAGACAAUAGUUACAUCAAGUACUUGUUGCUGUGUAUUUUCUAUCGAGGAUCAAUUAACAUAAUAAGCAGUUUUGUGGUAUAUGAAAAGAAUUAGAUUUGUUAUGUGGCUUCAAAACCGGCGCAUAUUUAGCUAACAUGAAGUCUCAAUUUUAAUUCAGAUGAAACGUAGUCAGCAGAUUUCUCUUAUAUACACGAAUAUCAUGAUUUGCUUCAGGAUUCUACUUCAAUGUAUUCAACAUUAAAAGAAAAACGGGGCAAAUUAAAAAACACAAUGAGCACCAUGGCAGGG